AUGUUUCAGCAUCAGUCAUGGCCGUUUCCUCUACAAUUAACCCUAAUUUUCUUCCUCUGCGUCGUCGUUUUACCUUUCCGUUCCUUUUCUCAGUCCGAUUCUCCACAAAACAUCGAAACUUUCUUCCCAAUCGACCAACUAUCCCCUGUUUCUCCACCGCCAAUAAACCCAUCUCCGCCACCUCCAUCGUCAUCGGAGAGAAGAAAGAUCACAAAGGCCGUGCUCAUAACGGCGGCAAGCACUGUAGUUGUCGCAGCAGCGUUCUUCUUCUUCCUCCAGAAAUGCGUCAUCGCAAGGCGGAGAAGGAGAGACAACAGAGUCGGCGUCGAGAACACCUUACCUCCUCCGAUUAUCGCUCCUCCUCCUCCUCCGGCGGCGAUUCUGGAACGAGAAGGUUUUACGAGGUAUGGCGGUAACGUGAAAGGUUUGAUCCUUGACGAGAAUGGCCUCGAUGUGUUGUAUUGGAGAAACCUCCAGAGUAAAAGACAGAGGAGAAGCGAAAGUUUCCGGAAGGACAUCGUCACCGUAGAAGACGGUGGUAGUCAAGAGAAAGAGGUGAUCUACUACAAGAGCAAGAAGAAAUCGGAGCCAGUCACCGAGAUUCCUCUUCUCAGAGGAAGAUCAUCCACUUCUCACAGUGUGAUCCAUAACGAGAUUCAUCAUGAAACUACUCAGAUCGAAAUUAAACCUCCGCAACCACCUCCACCACCGCCUCCACCGCCAAUUCCGGUGAAGCAGAGUGCGCCUCCUCCUCCUCCUCCUCCACCUCCGCCUAAGAAAAGUCCUCCGCCUUCGCCACCACCACCACCUCCGCCGGUGAAGAAAGUAGGUGGUUUGUCGCCAUCGGCGUCGAGACCACCGCGUGCGCCGAGAGGAUCAAGCGGAGGAGAGAAUUCGGGAGGUGGAAAUGGUCAGGUGAAGCUAAAGCCGUUACACUGGGAUAAAGUAAACCCCGAUUCUGAUCAUUCCAUGGUUUGGGACAAAAUCGAUCGUGGCUCAUUCAGUUUCGACGGAGAUCUAAUGGAGGCUCUCUUCGGAUACGUCGCUGUGGGAAAGAAAUCUCCAGAACACGGCGACGAGAAAACCCCCAAAUCACCCUCGCCGGCGCAGAUCUUCAUCCUCGAUCCGAGAAAAUCUCAAAACACAGCGAUCGUGCUCAAAUCCCUAGGAAUGACACGCGAAGAGCUCGUGGAAUCACUAAUGGAAGGACACGAUUUCGUCCCCGAGGCGCUCGAGAGACUAGCCAGAAUAGCUCCGACGAAAGAAGAACAAUCAGCGAUCCUCGAAUUCGACGGCGGCGAUGAAACCGCGAAACUCGCUGACGCGGAAUCGUUCCUGUUUCAUCUCCUCAAAUCCGUACCAACCGCGUUCACGCGGCUAAACGCAUUUCUCUUUAAAGCGAAUUACUAUCCAGAGAUUGAGCACCACAGCGAUUGUCUGCAAACGCUGGAAUCGGCGUGCAAAGAGCUGAGAUCUCGCGGUUUGUUCGUGAAGCUUCUGGAGGCGAUUCUCAAAGCCGGUAACAGAAUGAACGCAGGAACCGCGAGAGGAAACGCCCAGGCGUUUAAUCUAAGCGCGCUUUUGAAGCUCGCUGACGUUAAGAGCGUUGACGGGAAGACGACUCUGCUUAACUUUGUGGUGGAGGAAGUCGUUAGAUCGGAAGGAAAACGCUGCGUUUUAAACAGAAGAAGCCAUAGCUUGACACGUAGCAGCAGUAGUAGUAGUGGUAAGAGUAACACUAGUGCUCAAGCAAUGUCUAAAGAAGAGCAAGAGAAAGAGUUCUUGAAGCUUGGUUUACCGAUUGUCGGAGGAUUAAGCUCUGAGUUUUCAAACGUGAAGAAAGCUGCUUGUGUAGACUACGAGACCGUUGUUGCGACUUGCUCUGCUCUUGAGGUUAGAGCGAGAGACGCGAGAGUGGUGAUUGCAGAGUGUGAAGAAGAAGGAGGGAGGUUUGUGAAGAAGAUGACGACGUUUCUUGAUUCGGUAGAGGAAGAAGUGAAGAUGGCGAGAGAAGAAGAGAGGAGAGUGAUGGAGUUUGUGAAGCGUACAACAGAGUAUUAUCAAGCAGGAGCUAAUUCAAAAGGGAAGAGUCCUCUUCAUUUGUUUGUUAUUGUGAGAGAUUUUCUUAAUAUGGUUGAUAAAGUGUGUUUAGAGAUUAUGAGGAAUAUGCAGAGGAGGAAGAUAGGUAGUUCGGAGUCGCCUUCUUCGCAGAGGAACGCUGUGAAAUUUCCGGUUUUGCCUAUUAAUUUUAUGUCGGAGAGGUCUAGGAGUGAUUCCGGUGAGUCGGAUUCUGAUAUGUGA